GGAGGCGUUCAUGCCGGAGCGCGGCGCUCGACCCGGGGUGAAGAAGGUGAUGGUGAUCGUGACGGACGGAGAGUCACAUGACUUCUAUAAUCUGGACAAAGUCAUCGGAGACUGUGUGAAGGACGACAUCGAGAGGUUCGGCAUCGCUGUUUUGGGAGACUACAACCGUCAGAACAAGAGCUCAGAAGAAGUGAAUAAGUUCAUCAAAGAGAUCGCGUCCAUCUCCAGCAAGCCGCUGCACGAUCACUUCUUCAACGUGUCGGACGAGGUGGCGCUGCUGAGCAUCGUCGACGCUCUGGGGAGCAAGAUCUUCGCCUUGGAGGCUACAAGCGGAAACUUCACCUCCUCCUUCGAGAUGGAGAUGUCCCAGGCCGGGUUCAGUGCUCACAACUCUAAA